AUGGCCCCGUUUGAAGCUAUUUACAAGAGGAGGUGUAGCUCGCCCAUAGGUUGGUUUGAAGUUGGUGAAGCUGCUGUGACUGGACCUGAUGCUGUGUUUGAAGCUAUGGAAAAAGUUAGGCUAAUUCGAGAACGAUUGAAAACCGCUAAAAGUCGUCAGAAGUCGAUUCUAAGUCGUGUUGGGAAGGUAGCUUAUGAGGUUGAUUUGCCCGCGGAGUUGUCUAAUGUUCACCCGGUUUUCCAUGUAUCCAUUCUUAAGCGAUGUAUUGGUAACUCAGUUGUAAUUGAACCUUCCGAGGAUUUGGAUAUCCAGAAUAAUCUUUCAUUUGAGGAAUUUCCGGUUGAGAUUCUAGAUUUUCAAGUUCGGAAGCUAAGAAGCAAGGAAGUUCCUUUAGUUAAAAGUGUUUUGGCAAAAUCAAUCCGUCGAGGGUGCGACAUGGGAGGUAGAAGCGGAAAUGUGUACCAAAUACCCUCAUCUUUUCUCUACGAAUCCAGAACGUGUCGAAGGUAUCAUUCUCUUUUGAUUCGAUCCUUAUUACUAUACUUAUCUUAG